GGGCCCGGCGCGGGCCGCGGUGCCGGUGCCGGUGCCGCCAUGUCGGACACGUGGAGCUCGAUCCAGGCGCACAAGAAGCAGCUGGACUCGCUGCGCGAGCGGCUGCAGCGGCGGCGGAAGCAGGACCCGCUCGGGACCAGGAUCCACCAGGACGGGGUCCAAGGGCCAUCAUUAGGGAGCAGGAGGAACCAGGACGGCGCCCAAGGCCCACCAUUAGGGACCUGGGGCCACCAGGACGGGAUCGAGAGCCUGCUCAGCCAGCAGUCCACCAAGGAGCAGCAGAGCAAGAAGGUGAGCCAGGAGAUCCUGGAGCUGCUCAACACCACCACGGCCAAGGAGCAGUCCAUCGUGGAGAAGUUCCGCUCGCGGGGCCGCGCGCAGGUGCAGGAGUUCUGCGACUACGGCACCAAGGAGGAGUGCAUGAAGGCGAGCGACGCCGAGCGGCCCUGCCGCAAGCUCCAUUUCCGGCGCAUCAUCAACAAGCACACGGACGAGUCGCUGGGCGACUGCUCCUUCCUCAACACCUGCUUCCACAUGGACACCUGCAAGUACGUCCACUACGAGAUCGACGCCUGCUCGGACGCCGCCGCGCCCGGCGCCCGCGACCACAGCGCCGCCCAGGAGCUCGCCCUGCCCCAGGCCGUGGGCUCCGACGCCGGCGCCGACCGCCUCUUCCCGCCGCAGUGGAUCUGCUGCGACAUCCGCUACCUGGACGUCAGCAUCCUGGGCAAGUUCGCCGUGGUCAUGGCCGACCCGCCGUGGGACAUCCACAUGGAGCUGCCCUACGGCACGCUGACGGACGACGAGAUGCGGCGCCUCAACAUCCCCGUGCUGCAGGACGAGGGCUUCCUCUUCCUCUGGGUCACCGGGCGGGCCAUGGAGCUGGGACGCGAGUGCCUCAACCUCUGGGGGUACGAGCGGGUGGACGAGAUCAUCUGGGUGAAGACCAACCAGCUGCAGCGCAUCAUCCGCACGGGGCGCACGGGCCACUGGCUCAACCACGGCAAGGAGCACUGCCUGGUCGGGGUGAAGGGAAACCCGCAGGGCUUCAACCGGGGCCUCGACUGCGACGUCAUCGUGGCUGAGGUCCGCUCCACGAGCCACAAGCCCGACGAGAUCUACGGGAUGAUCGAGCGCCUCUCGCCCGGCACCCGGAAAAUCGAGCUCUUCGGGCGCCCCCACAACGUGCAACCCAACUGGAUCACGCUGGGGAACCAGCUGGAUGGCAUCCACCUCCUGGACCCCGACGUGGUGGCCCAGUUCAAGCAGCACUACCCCGACGGCAUCAUCUCCAAGCCCAAAACCAUGUAGCGGGGCCGGGGCG